AUGGCGGGAGCUCGCUCGGACAUCGGCAGCCCUUCCAGCAGCGAUGACGAGAGCGUCGCCGGCUCUGGCGGGGGCGCCCCUCUUUACGCGUGGUCUCCCGAGAGAUGCGCCUUGUUGAGCCAGAAGAAUCCCGCGCUGGGGUUUCAUGUCAACUCCGCCGGCACACGGUCCGACGAGGCUACCGACGAGAGCCUCUCUGCCGCGGCCGGAUCUGCUUUCGGUUCGGAGAAGGAGGAGCCCGAAACCCCGUCGGACCACGCGGUCCAGAUCUCGGAGCCCGUCAAGCCGCGGCGCUCGUUCUCCAGGUCGGCGCUGCGGCCCACCACAGACAACCUCGCAGGCUCGUCUGCCACCUCGGCUGCUGCUAUUCCUCCUUCCUUGAGUCUGUCGGCUUACCCGGGCCCUGGGGACGCCUCUGCUCAACGUCUACCCACCCUCUCCCUCUACGCUCCCGCGUCGAGUUCUGCCUCCGGGACCCUAGACCGCUCUUCCAUUCCCGGCUCGACUACCCAUUCCUUCAUCAGCGCCAUGCAAGCUAUGACUCUUCAUGCGGCAGAGGACAACCUCCACCCGUCGCAGAAGGCUCAUCGCGAGCAAACCUGCAAGCUCCAGGCGCGCGUCUGGGGUCUUCGCCAGGGCAUGUAUCGGCAGAACUCGAUCCCGCACGAUUUUCUCCUGUCGUUCGACUACGACGUGCAAGAGCUCAUGAACAACACCGUCAAGAUGAACCAGGCGGUCGACCAGCUGGCCGCCGAGCUCAAGAAGGAUCCCGACGAGUGUGAACGCAUCCCCGGCCUCGAAGCUACUAUUCGUGGUCUCGAAAGCGACCUCAAGGACUGGAAGGACCGCGCUCUGAACGCCGAGAAAACCCUGGCAGGCAUCGCUGGGCGGGCCGACGAAGACAUGAAGACCAUUCAGUUUCUCAAGGAGCAACUCCGCCAAAACGAGAUGGCCCGGACCAUCCUCCAAGAGCAGGUGAACGGCAAGCGGAACCUGUGGUUGAACGUCCACAGCAACCCCGAGGAGCGAGCCGCCAUCCUGGAUACUCUUGCCCGCUCUUCCACCCCCCUCAGCGGUCAGACAUUUGCCAUGACCACCGACCACCCUUACGCACCGAGCCUCAAAGGUCCCGCCAGUCUCCGCUCGAGCAGCACGCAUGUCACCCACGUUACUCAUUCCGGCAGCAUCGACCGCUCGGGCACGGCCAGUCCCGGCGCUGCCAACCCUGCCGCCUUUCACCACAGCGCCACUGGACAGCUCGCCGGACCUCUGGUCCGCGGACGCCCUCCCUUUCAUCAGGCCUUGCCGCACUCACACUCGGUGCCUGCUGUCUAUCACGCCCAACCAAACCAAAACCACCAGCGCUGCCUGUCGAACACCACGGCCGCUAGCGGGCGCUCCGCGGCCGGCUACGCUCUGCGGCCUCCCUCGGGGCCUAGACGGAACACGAGGGUAGGCCCCGUCGUCACGGAGACGGGCAGCCCCAAGGAGCGGAAGCGCAGCACUCCGCACUCCCUCGUGCGGGCGGUCGGCCUCGAAGACUCGAAUUGUCUCGAGUGGGCCGACGAGUUCCAGUCGCUCUUCGCCCUCGUCUACGGCUUCUGCGCUUCCUACUUUCACGAGCUGCCCACCCUGGACGACGACUGGAAGAGGCAGCUCCAGUCCGAGGCCAACGGCCAGCUCUGGGACUACAUCUGCAAGAUCUGCCGCACCCACCAGGAGCAAGAGCCCGGCGACCAUGCCAUGCGCCUCCUCAAGGACCGCGACUCCCGCCCUUACCUGAUGCAGCGCCUGAUCCUGCAGCACAUUCUGAUCUUCAUCUGCAGCUACGAGGGCUGGAAGGACUACUCCGAGGAUGCCGAUGACGAGAUGGAGAAGCUCGAGGAGGAGCUCAAGAAGAUGGAUUCCUCCAAGACCUACGACCGCCAGGUGAUCAUCGACCGCCGGGCCCAGCUCGUGGCCGACAUGGCCGAGGGCCCCAACGCGGCGGCCUUCAAGAACUACAAGCUGACGCAGCACCACCAGUACCUCAAGACCAUGGUCGCGCCCUUCCUGGCCCGGCGCAAGGUGCCCAACGUGACCAACGAGGCCUUCUACGACCUCUUCACCAUCACCACCGCCGCCUGGGACCUCUCGGCCAAGCUGCUCCGCUCGCGCCUGACCUUCCAGUACUCCUGGGGCGACGCCGGCGCCCGCUUCUCGGCCGAGACCCACGAGCCCCUCGACUGCACCGUCGACCGUCUCACCCUCCAGUACGAGCACUGCCGCCUCCGCUUCUGCGCCACCCCGGCCGUCACCAUGCGCAACGACCAGGGCAUGACCAUCGACACCAAGAACAUCCUCAAGGCCGGCGUCCUGGUCAUGGGUUUCUGA